CCGCGCGCAAAUCCGAACCAGUUCUCCUGGUGACGUCACGCGCCAAAAGCCCGCUCAACAUUUCUCCUCCCCCCAAAACCAGCCACAUUUUCGGCGCUUUCUGGGGACAACCAAGCGCCGAUCGCGUGUUUUGUGGACCCGCAAAGUUUCCGAUGUACUUCUGUGUGAGUUUUACGGCGUCUCGGAUCUACGAUCAGGGCUAAUUUUGCCAAGAUGUCACGGCACAGAUACUGCAGCUACGUUGAUGAUACAGACAGUGAUCUGUCGCAAAACGACCAUGAUUACGAUAUCUCAUCCAUCCGCGGAGGCAAGCGUCUGGGAAGCAAGACACGCUGGACCAAGGAUGAGGACGAGGCCCUGAGACAAGUGGCUAUUGACAUGGGGUCAGAUGAUAUUGACUGGAAGGCUGUUGCUAAAAGCUUUCCAGACAGAAGUGAUGUCCAGUGUCAACAUAGGUGGGAAAAGGUCUUGAACCCUGACCUGGUCAAAGGUCCCUGGACCAAGGAAGAAGACGAGAAGGUCGUUGAACUGGUGAGGAAGUAUGGACCCAAGCGCUGGUCACUCAUCGCCAAACACCUGAAGGGGCGUAUUGGCAAACAGUGCAGGGAACGGUGGCACAACCACCUGAACCCAGAGAUCAAGAAAUGUGCGUGGUCUGAGGAGGAAGACAGGAUCAUCUACGAGGCGCACAAACGACUGGGGAACAGAUGGGCAGAGAUCGCCAAACUACUGCCAGGAAGGACUGACAAUGCCAUAAAGAACCACUGGAAUUCCACCAUGCGUCGGAAGUAUGAGGCUGAGGAAGGCAUCACGCAGCCAUACCGCAGGCGUAACUCCAGCUCCUCCAUGUACUACCCCCUCUCCCACAACCACAUGUCCUAUCCAACAUACUACCCACCCCCGCAGCAGGAAGUGCAACAGCCCAUGCAUCAGCAGGACCAGAUGCAGGCCCAAGGAUACAUGCAGCAGCAGCAGCCCAUGUACAUGAACACAGCAGACUGUAGCAUGGCUCCCCCUGGUGACCACAACAUGCAACAGCAGCAGCAGCAGCACUACCCCACCGACACCAUGUCUCAGUGGAACAGCGACGUGGUGGAUGGCAUGAUGGGAGUGGGGAUGUCUAACGGCAUGGUACAGGGUACCGAGGACCCGUCACCGACCAAGUGGAUUGUGUACAACAUGGACAAUGAUGUUAUCAACGCUCUGCACGCAGCCAUCGUGUCGCCGCUGCGCUCGGUACCGGAGUUCACGGAGACGCUGCAGAUGGUGGACGCGGAGGGAGAGGAGUGGGACAAGGACUUCGGCCAGCUGGAGCUGAUCGGAGACAUGGCCAUCAACAGGACCGCCGAGAGGGAACAAGUCAGACACCUGCCUGCUGAGGGCAGCACAGAAUACAGGUUUGAUGGUCGUGCUAUCCAGGGGUUGGCCAAGGAGACCCCAGGGAAGAGCGGUGGUCUGAUCCCGAUUACAUCACCCAUCACGUCCAAGUUCACCACACCUCCCAUCCUCAGGAGAAAACGCAAGAAGCACAACUCUCUCAGCACCUCCGUCCUGUCCCACGACACCACCCUGACGCCCUGUAAGGAAGCUGACAACACUCCGCAGAGAACACCCAUCAAACCACUGCCAUUCUCACCUUCUCAGUUCCUUAACACCCCUGACAUCAACACGGAGAUGCUGACGUCCACUCCCAUCUGCAGCCGUGCUCCGACCAGCACCACGCCGGUCAGCGGUCCACUCAACACCCCAGCUACAAACACCUCCAUCAUGGGCAAGGAGAACAAGGAUGCACAGGAAGUGUUCCGUACCCCUCUGAUGAAGCGUCGUCUGAUUGACAUGACCCCCAGAACACCCACCCCAUUCAAGGACGCUCUCGCUGAGUUGGAGAAGAAAGGAGGAAAGCUGAAGAAUCUGCCCGUGACCCCAGGUCACAUUGAGAAGGACCUGUCGGAGGUCAUCAAACAGGAGGAUGGUGGGAAAUACAGCGAACUUUUCUGCAACAACGAGACACCAGACAGGAAAAGGAAGUCAGAGAACCCAUCUCCAUCCAAGAAGGCACGGAAGUCCCUGGCCUGUCUUGAGAACUGGGCACCAGACGCUGAUGAACAAGAGAAUGCUAUAGAAGCCAUGAUGGACACACCGAUGAAGAAUCUUCUGUCUGAGGUGUCGCUGCUGUUCUCCCCUCCCGCGGGGUCCAGAGUGGAGGGAGGGAAGGACCUGCAGCUGGCUGACACCUCCCUGGGCCUGAACAACGCCUUCAACCUGCCAUCCUCACCAACUAAGAUGAAGCUGCGGUCAGCCACGAAACGACACGUCCAUUUCCAGGAGACCCCUGUGCAGACCAGACAGACCAGCAAAGUCGUCAAGCUGGACACUAGAUACGAGCAGGUCGCCUGCGGGAAGACUGCCGACCAACAGUUACUCAUCCAGCAGGCACGGGCCAUCAUGCAGUCCUGCAAGCCACGGGCGCUCAAGCUCUGAGGAGCGCACUUCCCACCAAUUAUCAGUCGGCACUGGUUCAUUCAAAUGACAGCUGAUGUGCACAGCAUGUCCACAUUUCAUCAGUCACAAAAAUUUCCAAUAAGUAACAGUUAGUUACAAAGAAUCGCACACAAAGGUAUAGAAUCGAGUAUGAGGAAAGUUUUAUCAACAGCAAGUAGCCUACCAUUUGUGCCUUACAAACUCACAGCCAUUCAGCUAUAAAUUAGUCAUCUGUCAACCAAUCAAAACUUGCACUGCAAAACAUCUAACCAAUCCCAGGCAUAGUAGCAUUAUACAGUUGUAGCCAAUCAGAAUGAUGUGUUCUCUAUUACUAGUCUCAGUUGUAGAGAAAAGGGACAUUAUUUUGGGACAAAUUUAACCUUUGUAAAUGUAUGUGACUUAAUGGCCUACAUGUGUAGUUGCAAUGUUUUCCAUUUUAAAUCCAUCAGUUUGGCCAGUGUGUAGUUUUAUUCUUGUUGAAACUGUUGUGUUUAAUACUUCACGUGUGAUGUUUAGAAAUACAUGAAUAUGAAAUAUCUUUUGCCACUGGCUAUAGUUGAAAGGUCCAUUGUACUUUGCCACCAAGAGGAACAUGUCCAAAUCAUGUUUACAAAUUCAUCCAGAACAUUUCCAAGAAUGUCAUAUUGCAUGGACGGACUCCUUUUGUUCUAACUUUGUGUCACAACAGAACUUUAGAUAAAGCUGUUUGUAUUUGUUCUGUGCAGGAUACACUUUUACCUUACAUUUACAUUUGUUCAUUAACAACAGCUGGGCCUUUUUAAAGCCAUCUGCACCAAUGGCUCUGCAAAAAAGUUUGAUUUUUAACCACAUUUCUGGAUAGGAACAGAAAACAGAAAUAGUUCAACGAAUAGUUUUUGAUAUCAAAAUUUACUGUCAGCUGAAACUGUUAUAUUUGAGGUAAUACUCAUAGCUACUGAGUUUGUAUUUAUGAACUACCUAGUAGUUGUGUAAUGCAUUGUGGGCAAUAUGUCAAAGUUUUAAAGGCCAUUUGUUAUGUAUUACCAGGGCCAGGGUCCUUCAAGUUUGACACAAUACCCACAAUGCAUCAUACUCCACAUGCGCUUUUCAACCCAUGAACUAGCUUAUUGCAGGGUAGAAUUUGGCAUUAUCAGUAAUACAUGUAGUUCUGCGUAUGCAACACAAGCACUGUGCACCAUUUAUCAGUGGGGAUCACAGAAGGAAUAUGCACUGGACAGGGAAAAGUUUGGCACAAUACCGCACGAACAAUGUACACGCGUAUUUUUCAGUGAACGGGUCUAACAAAAGGGAAGAGGCAAAAGACUUUAAAGAUUGUAUUUAAAUGGUUGUUGCAGAAAUUUAGUAUGUGAAGUAAAUGUAUAUAUUAUCAGUACAGCAUACAAAAUGAUAAAUAGAGUUACGGUUACUAAAUCUGUGGUGGCACAGUCGAUGAUAUGUAAUUUCAGGGUUUGCAUCCAAAUGUUCUUAUGUAUAGUAGAGGGAGUGGUGGUAUAAUGUGUGUGAAAAUGUGUGUUUCGAGGUAAUUUACAAAAUCACAAGGAGACAAUUCUGGACUUAAGUGAGAAAUGUUUUUGAAUGCAAAGUUUACUGCAAAAGCAUUUGGGCUUGGCUGUUCUGAAUCCUAUAACAUUUCCAUAAAAAUGUUUACAAAGAACAUCAGAAUCACAGAAACAAGCAAAAGAUAUGAAAUAACAAUAGAAACUAAACUACGAGUCCAGAAUUGUCUAUUGCCAUUAUGUUGCUGUGGAUCCUUAAUUCUGGAAGUAACACAGAUAUUUUGAAGAGCUGACUUUGCAUUUGCUGGAGUAACUUUCAUUGUCCCUGUGAUGGAAGCAAAUUGAAGUUUGUACAAUAAUUGUAAAGAAAGAAACUAUGUCACCAUGCAGCAGUAAAGGAAAGGUACAGUUCAUCCCUAGCUGUGUGGUAUCUAUGGUAACUUGCUGACUUAGGGCAGAAUUUCAGGCAUUUUGUUUUACUACAUUUAUUUUAUUGCUGCUCAACAGUUGAUAUUCUUCCCUAGUAAAACCAUUAAUUACCUUCCCAACAGCUAAUGGAUACUGUAACUUCUUGUGUAUUUUGGUUGGAUUUGCUUCAUAUCUUGAAACAUAAUGUACUCCUCCAAAGUAUGCCAGGACUUUUGCAUUUGUAAAGUUUACCGAUACUUUUGUGUUAACAAAUGAAAGACUGACCUUUCACAUUUCCCAACUGUCAUUAUCCUUCGCUGCAUUUUCAUGUAACCCAUUAAACCAAACCUCUUUGUAUUUGGUGAGACCUCAAAAAUCUUUUCAUUUGCCCUUGUCAAUUUCUUAAAAAAAUGUAGCGUAAACCCCCAAUACACCCGCUGAAUUACAAAAUGCAGAAGUCCUUUUUGAAAGAUGGAACUAAUUUGUUAAAGUUUGUUCAAUCUGACACAUAUUCAUCACUUUAAUAACAAGGAGUGUUGUAGCUUAAACAUCACCCCUAAUAAAUUGUGCAGUUCA